UUAGGAAACUUAAUCAAAACAUCGUUGUAACGUGGGCCUAAUUGUUUGCCAGUACGAACUUUACUUUGAAAGGUUUUUCCUCCCGGAAGUCUUAUUUUUGUAGGCUCUUGCCUUGCCUGACAUGGGUGGGUGUGUGUAGCGUGUGGUGCGAUGGAGCUCUCUCCUCCUCUCCCGGGUCGUCAGCGCAUCCUGGAGGCAGCGGUGUGAGCAGCUCACUAUGGGCAGGUAGGGUCAGGGCUCCGGGAGGCAAGGAGGACACACACAUCCGGAUUCACGGAGCGCCGCGCAGAUCCACAUCCAGGAUGCUGACGGGGAUGCGGACGGAGAACAGGUGCGACGCGCAGCUCCUGGACGCUGCGGCGCUGAGGCAGCAGAGGAGGCUGAAGCAGGCGAUCCAGUUCCUGCACAAGGACUCCGCUGAUCUGCUGCCCCUGGACGGACUGAAAAAGCUGGGCACGUCCAAAGAGGGGCAGCCGCACCAUAUUCUCCAGAAGCGGCUGUUGGAAGCCAAGCUGGCCCGGGGCCGGCUGAACACGUGCGGGGUCACAGCCAACAACAACGGGGUCCUUCUGAAUCGUAAUCAGGUCAAAUCACUCAAGGAUGAGGAAGAGGAGGAGGAAGACUUCAUCUAUGUGCCGUGCAAAUGCUCAGGCCAGGAGGACAGGCUGUUGAUUGACACAGGCUGCAAACUGAACCUCAUGUCCUCGUUGACUGUUGAAAAAUUAGGCCUGAAUGAAACGGUUGACGUGAACAAAACAGAGAUGGACGGCUUUCCAUUUCAGCGGAAGCUGAGAAUCACCGGCCACAUCGAGGAGCUCAGCCUCACCAUCGGCCAGCUCAGAAUAAAGUGCUCCUUUGCCAUAGUGGAAAGCAACAGGUUGCUGAUGUCCCUGGGCAACAAGACAUUAAAGUCACUCAAGUGUGUAAUCGACACUGAGAAUCAGAUGCUGGUGUUUGGGAGGACAGUGAGGGAGCAUGUCCAGUUUGCCAAAAAGCCAUUCAGUGAGAGCAGUUCCUCUGACUUCAGACACAUGUGACCUCCACAUGCAGUGAAGCCAACCCUCAUCACAGUGACCAAAAGCAAUAGGAUCAGUUUAGUCAUAAUCUGUUGUGAUGACAUGCCUCUCUGGGGAUCUGUAGUUUCUUCCCUCAGUCUCCCUCUCUUUCUUUGUCAUAUGAAUAACAGACAUAACACAUAAUAGGAAGAGAUGUAGUCAACACACACACACACACACACACAUGCAGUUGUUCACAUGGCACUGUUCAUCGCUCAGAGUAGGAUUACAGUGUCCAGCUGAUGACUGGGACAUGCAAACUAUUCUUGAUGGUAGUUGCACGGUAGAAAUGGGGCGAUUUGAUAUUAUACAAAUGAGCACAACGGUAACAGAGCGAUAAACAAUCAGUAGUGGAAAAAAAUGGCUUUCAAACUCUCCCAGUCAUUACAUUAAAAUCACUCCAUGGAGCUCUUUGGCUUUGAAUGGAAAAUGGAAGGAAUUUCCCAAAUUAUAUUUCCUUCAGUUUAUAGAAUUCCUGACAGACACAUGAAUGUACGAGGCAAGUGGCAGAGAUUAUUGGCUGUCAUGGUGUAGGCCAAUAGAGGUAGGUUUUUUUUUUGUUUGUUUUUUUUAGCUUUCUCGCUCACCUGUACCAUCACAUGGCAGUAGACAUUUAGUUAAGUGUAGUAUAAUUUCAGGAUCACAUCCUACAGACAAAUUAUUAUGGAUUAGAUUUUAUUUUACAAAAUAAAAUCAGUAAAAAAUAUUAUUAGUUCUUAUUAAUAUUGAAAUAUAAAAUUGGCAUCCGCACACACACAAAAAAAUUAAAUAAAACUGAUGAUUGACCUGUAGUCUGCCAUCACAUUGAUACUAAACUAGCUAAGUAGCAAAGAUGACAUGUUAGAGACUAAUGAUUAUGGAUUUUGUUUGGGCAUAAAAUACAAAAUUGGCAUACGCAAACAAGGACUGAUACUAAAACUGAUGCUUGGCCGAAGAACACACCGUUUGAAAGGUGCAACAUGAUGCAAAGCAGAGCGGUGGAGCUUGGUCUGCAUGUAGCGUGAAGGACAUCAGCUGAUCAGCUCACUGGUAGUGUACACCUAGGUACUGUAACUAGAAUCUGUAGCCUGUGGAGUUUAACAGUCUUAUAAAAUUAUUUAUAGGUAUUGUAUUCUACAACUUUAUAUUGUUUUGUGAGACUAUACAAAAAAGGGGCGGGGGCAAACUGAAUGGUGGCCCGACUAUCUCAUUUCAUGUGAUAUCAGAGCACACAGAAAUAGCAGGAAACAAAUCAGAUUCUGUUCAUGAUACGAUUUCAGUCAGUAUAAAAGCUUUAGGCUACUUAAGCACACCGCGU